UCAUGACAAAGAGAAUAACAAAACAGCACUUCAACAUCAUAGCAUGAUCACGAUGCGAAUGACCUCUUCACAUAUCUUCAUCACACUCUUCAUCAUCCUCUUCCAUUUCCACCACUCCUCUUCAUUCUCACUCUCAGUAGAAAACCCCGAAAACAUUCUACUCUCACCCAAAGGCAUAUUCACCGCAGGCUUCUACCCUGUUGGUGAAAAUGCUUAUUCAUUCGCUAUUUGGUUCACACAAAAACAUACAAAUCUCAGCAAUGCUACCGUUGUUUGGAUGGCAAAUCGUGACCAACCAGUUAACGGAAAACGCUCCACACUCUCCCUUCUCAAAACCGGCAACCUUGUCUUAACCGACGCAGGACAUUCCAUUGUUUGGUCCACAAACACUAACUCAUCCAAGUCCAAACCACUUGAACUGUUUUUGUACGACACGGGAAAUCUCGUUCUCAGAGAGCUUAACAAAAAUGGUGUCAUUUUGUGGCAAAGCUUUGAUUUCCCAACAGAUACUCUCCUUCCUGAUCAAAGUUUCACUAGGUACAUGAAACUUGUUUCUUCCAAAAGCGACGAUAAAUAUUCCUCUGGCUUCUACAAGCUUUUCUUCGAUAACGAUAAUGUUCUCCGUUUGCUUUACGAUAGCCCAAUACUUUCAAGUAUUUAUUGGCCAUAUCCUUGGCUUGUGAGUUGGGAGGCUGGUAGAUCCACAUACAACAAUAGCAGGGUUGCAAAACUAGAUGUUUUGGGGAAAUUCAGUUCUUCUGAUCAUUUUACUUUGAUGACAAGUGAUUAUGGGACAGUGCUCCAACGAAGAUUAACGCUUGAUUUUGAUGGUAAUGUUCGUGCUUAUAGCCGAAAACAUGGACACGAAAAGUGGUCGAUUUCAGGGCAAUUCCACCAACAACCUUUCAAAAUACAUGGAAUUUGUGGGCCAAAUAGCUUUGGCAUAAACACUCCAGGUAAUGGUAGAAAGUGUUUGUGUCUUCCUCGUUUUAGUAGGAUCGACGAUGAAGAUUGGUCUCAAGGGUGCAAACCAAGCUUCCAACUUUCAUGCAACAACAAAACAAAGUCCCAGACUUGGUUCCAACACUUACCCCAUGUUGAGUUUUAUGGAUACGAUUAUGACUUCCAAGCAAAUUACACCAACAAACAAUGUAUGCAUUUCUGCUUGAGAACGUGUCACUGCGUAGCUUUCCAGUACCGGAUGGUGAGCGGUAUGUAUAAUUGCUAUCUCAAGGCACAGUUACAAAAUGGGUAUAGUUCACCAGAUUUUCGAGGAUCAUUAUACUUGCGAGUGCCAAAGAGAAAACAUGUUUUUUUCCAUGAGAAUGUUAUACAAAACGGUAGCUUGGUUUGUUCGAGAAAUGAUGAAGUAAAACAACUAACAAGAUCAUAUGUCAAAGGCAAUGAAAAUGGAUCAGUGAAGUUUAUGCUUUGGUUUGCUACUGGCUUGGGAGUAAUUGAGGUAUUGUGCUUCUUUAUGGUAGGGUGUUUCUUAUUUAAGAAUAGGAAACACUCUAGUGUUGAUAAUCAUGGGUAUGUUCUUGCAGCAGAAAUAGGGCUUAGGAAAUUUAGUUAUUCGGAAUUGAAACAAGCUACAAAAGGUUUUAGCGAAGAGAUUGGAAAGGGUGCUGGAGGAACUGUGUAUAAGGGUGUUUUAUCCGAUAAUCGAGCUGUUGCGAUAAAGUGUUUACAUGAAGCAAAUCAAGGAGACAGUGAGUUUCUUGCUGAAGUUAGUAUUAUUGGAAGGCUUAACCACAUGAAUUUAAUUGGGAUGUUGGGCUAUUGCGUCGACGGAAAGCAUAGGAUGUUGGUUUAUGAGUACAUGAAAAAUGGCUCUUUAGCUGAAAAUCUCUCAUCAAAUGCACUUAAUUCGGAUAAGAGGUAUAACAUUGCUCUGGGAACUGCAAAGGCGCUUGCUUAUUUACAUGAAGAAUGUUUGGAGUGGAUUUUGCAUUGUGAUAUAAAGCCACAAAACAUUCUUAUUGACUCUGAUUACCAACCCAAAGUAGCAGAUUUUGGGUUGUCUAAGCUAUUACAGAGAAACAAUGUUGAUAACUCAAGUAUUUCAAGGAUGAGGGGAACAAGAGGUUACAUGGCACCGGAAUGGGUUUUCAACUUGCCAAUCACAUCUAAGGUGGAUGUAUAUAGCUAUGGAGUUGUGGUGUUGGAGAUGAUUACUGGAAAGAGUCCAACUACAUGUAUCCAAAUCCUAGAAGAUGGAAUAGUGUCACAUAACAAGAGGUUAGUAACAUGGGUUAGAGAGAAAAGAAGGACAGUUUCAGAAGUUAGAUGUUGGGUUGAACAAAUAGUUGACCCUUCAUUGGGAUCAAAUUAUGACAUUGUUAACUUGGAGACUUUGGCAACGGUGGCUUUGGAUUGUGUUGAGGAAGAGAAACAUGUGAGACCUACCAUGAGUCAAGUUGUUGAAAGGCUCCAAAGUCAUGAGCAUGAUUCUUGAUUGUUUCUACAAAGAAAAUCCAUCUCACAUGGUUGUCAGUUCGUCUAUUGAAGUUUAUGAAGUCAAAAUUUAGUAGAUGAUAGUUAACAUCCUUGUAACGACUAAAUAAAGUUUAUGCUUGUAUCUUGUUUUCAAUUGGAGUUAGUUAUAUUGACAAGUGACCUUAGGAUUA